CUGCUUCAGUGUCCCCUCAAUUUCCUUCAGAUGCACAGACUCGUAAUUCCUUCAUCUGUUCUUGGGAGGAAAAAGCAGUUAGAGGCUUAAAAGCUGGACGUCUCUGCACACCCAUCUCCUUGUUCUUCAUUCUUAUCCAGGCAGAAAGGUAACGGGACACUUUGUCUCUAGCAAAGGGAUAUUUUCCAAUACUGAGGCGUUGCCUGACACAGCUGGUCAGAGAAGUUAGGUGGGGGAGGGGAGGGGAGGAUCCAGAGUCACCCCCCAUAACUGGUUACUGCUUUUCCCACAAGACCGUGUGUGGAUAGACCUCCCUUCCUUCACUCUUUCCCUUCCUCUCCCCUCUCAGUCACUGUCUCUUUCCUGACCUUCAGUUUGGCCUUUCCUAGUAAGAGGUCAGUAUGUGUUCACACUUGGGAAAUCUCAUUCAAGAAUUUUUGUCAAUGGACAAGUCAUAAGAAGCCCUUCCAUUUUAGGGCUCGUUGACGUCACCAAGGAGGCGAUAAAUAUCUGUUGAUAUAAUUGGAUGUGAGAUUCAGUGUUGAGAGAGCAAAAAUUCUGCCCCUCGUUCCCCGGCAGGGCCCUGUGAUUUAUGCAGGAGCAGAGCCAGCACGCAAUCGAGCUGUCAAGAGAGCGUCAGCUUAUUAGGCAAAUGCUGCGUGGUUUCUGAAGAGGGUCGACGCUAUAAAAUCCCACUCCGGGCUCUGGUGUGGAGAAACUCGGAGCCCAAGUCCAUUGAGAGACUGAAGAGAAAGAGAAGAGGGAAAGAAGAAGAGAGUGGGGAAAGAAAGGAGAAGGGAAGAAAACCCCUGAGAAAGCCCCGGAGACGUUCCUCUGCAGAGAGGCGCAGCGCUCCGAGCGCUCACCUGCAGAAGCGCCUCAGAAGCGCCCCUAACAUGCGGCUGCCGCUGCUCGUGUCCGCGGGCGUCCUGCUGGUGGCUCUCCUGCCCUGCCCGCCGUGCAGGGCCCUCCUUAGCCGGGGGCCCGUCCCGGGGGCCCGGCCGGCCUCGCAGCACCCCCAGCGCCUGGAUUUCUUCCAGCCUUCGCCGCAGCCUCAGCAGCCGCAGGCUCGGCCCGUCCUGCUCCGCAUGGGGGAGGAGUACUUCCUCCGCCUGGGUAGCCUCAAUAAGAGCCCCGCUGCUCCGCUCGCGGCCGCCUCCUCGCCUCCUGCCGGCAGCAGCGGCAGCCGCCUUUCGCCGGACGAGGUGGCCGCCAACUUUUUCCGCGCGUUGCUGCAGCAGCUGCCGCUGCCCCGGCGCCCGCUCGACAGCCCUGCGCGUCCGGUGGAACGCGGCGCCGAGAACGCCCUCGGCGGCCGCCAGGAGGCACCGGAGAGGGAGAGGCGAGCCGAGGAACCUCCCAUCUCCCUGGAUCUCACCUUCCACCUCCUCCGAGAAGUCUUGGAAAUGGCCAGGGCUGAGCAGUUAGCGCAGCAAGCUCACAGCAACAGGAAACUGAUGGAGAUUAUUGGGAAAUGAAACGAGCUUGAGACGUAGAGGAUGUACAGCCAGAGCGCCCAUACUCCUCAGUGAGCAUGCACAAAGUGUAUUCACGUGCAGUAACAGCAACAUCCUGUAAUUUGUACCGUGUACUUAUAGUUUCUAUUUCCAGGUGUCUUUAACAGUGUUUCGAAGAGAGUAUAGGCCCAGGAGGAAAUGUUUUGAAGAAGCAGACAGAAGUCACACAAUUGAUUUUGUUGUGGUCUUAGCCAAAAAGAAUGUCAUUCUCUUGGGUGGGUGAGACAAAAUCUGUAAGCUCUUUGCACCAACUUUUCCUUGUAAACGUUUCAGUAAUAAAACAGCUUUCCAAUCCUUGGUCAAUUUGGUUGUGUAAGAGAAUGUUGAAUAUUUAUAUUUCUA